ACCUAUUCAACUUUCACCCGGUUCCCUCCGCUCUAGAGCAAGGCCAAUGAAAGCGCGGCACUGGCUCCAGCUCAAUCUGAUUGGUUCUGUGUGUGAGUGAGAGAGACAACGAUGGCGAGCGAAAUGUGGUAGGUAGGCGUGUGUGUGAAUCCGAGGAGUGCUCUGGGAAGAUGGCGGCGGCCGCUGCUGAGAGUGACACUGGGGGUGAGGUUGGCGGUGUCUAUCAACAUCACGCGCAGCAAACCGUUUGCGCCUCGCGCGCGAAGUAUCGUGAGGGGCGCAGGCCUCGCGCUGUGAAGGUAUAUACUGUCAACUUAGAGUCUCGAUAUUUGUUAAUUCAAGGUGUCCCUGCCUUGGGUGUGAUGAAGGAAUUAGUUGAACAGUUUGCAUUAUAUGGCACCAUUGAAGAAUAUAAUCCAUUAGAUGAUUAUCCAGCAGAAGAAUUUACAGAAGUUUACCUAAUCAAGUUUCAAAAGAUACAGAGUGCAAGGAUAGCCAAAAGAAAACUGGAUGAACGGAGUUUCUUUGGUAGUUUGCUGCAUGUGUGUUAUGCUCCAGAAUUUGAGACUGUACAGGAGACAAGAGAAAAACUACAAGACAGAAGGAAGUACAUAGCUAAAUUAACUAGUACCAAAGAUCAAUUACGGGUAAAGAAACAGGAUUCUAAUGCAAGUUUUCGAAAGAUCUUUCAGCCGGAUACUUCUGAUCCUCAUACAUCUGAGAUUGUCACGGGUAACUGGAAUCCAUCUGCACGUGUUCAUCAUCCUUCCCAAUCGUUUUCAGUGUCAACUCACAGUGGAUGUGUAGCAUCUCCUUCAGGAGAGUACGAUUGGAGUGUGCUGGAAGCACCUCAGUAUGCUGAACACUGUGCUGAACCAUCUCUUGGCUUGAGUCAGAAGACACAAAUGACUCAGCAUCUGCCGCAAGGAGUACACAACGGACCAAACUAUUGCACACUGCAAAGAAAGCUUCCUUGUGUCAAUGGACUUGGCAGAUUUAUGCCUCGAACAACUCAGUUGCAAGAACGAAAGAGGAGACGAGAGGAAGAUAACAAAUUUGCCCUUUUUGGAAAGGACACUAUUAGUAAAGAAAUUAUUAUUGGCCCAAGGCUACCAGAAGCACCUAAAAUAGACAUGGAGGAUGAUUCACUAAAUACAUCAGCAAACUUAAUUCGAAAUAAACUUAAGGAGGAUGGCAGCAAGAGUGAGGUAAUGAGAGGAAGUGGUAGUGACAGGCGGACGGCAUAUGGCUUGCUGGUAAGCCACAAAGUAUCAAUACAGGCCCACUUUGCAAUGGAGAAGACAAGCCAUAUUAAAGAACAGUUGUGGUUCCUGUUCAAACUCCAGAAUUAUCUGAGGAGAAGUCAGCAAACAGUCAAACACAGCCAACAGUAAAGCAGAGAAGACGAAUAUAAAUAUUACUGGAAACAUUUUCUAUACACACAACUCUAAACAAAUACAGUUAUGGCUGUAUACAAAAGAUUUUUGUACAUUCUAUUUAAUAAACUAUCAAUUUAUGUA